CCUGCAGAGCGGCUCCAGCUGGAGACCCAGUCUACAAACCCACCGGUCACGGGAUCUCGAUCAGAGUCGCGCUUUCCUGCCCGGCCGGUGAGGGAUUUGGCGGGUGAUCUCUCCGCGCGAGGCAAGGACCUGGCUCCUGAGACUCUGCGCCUCUUCUAACCCCGUCGUUCCACCCGGAGGAACCCGGGAUCUGCCCCGGUGAACGAACUCGGAAAAUCGGAGUUUGCAAGCCGAGCAGCAGCACCUGUCCAGGGCGAGCGUGAGAGCUGAUGUAGGGGACACAGUGACUCUUGCCCUCGACGCCUGUCUUUCUUCUCUGCAGGUCAAGCUCGUGCCCAACCGGGGGGAAAUGUAUCAGAGCUUGGCGCUGGCCCAGAGCCCCGGCCAGGCCACCUACGCUGACUCGGGAGCCUUUUUGCACGCUUCAGGAGCCGGCUCCCCGGUGUUCGUGGCACCCACGCGUGUGCCUUCCAUGCUGCCCUACCUGCCUGCGUGUGAGCCGGGCUCGCAGCCUCCCGCGCUUGCCGCACACUCUAGCUGGACUCAGGCAGCUGCCGCUGACUCCUCAGCCUUCGGCUCCGGAAGCCCGCACCCGCCAGCCGCACACCCACCGGGGGCUUCCUCCUUCGCAUUCGCACACAGCCCCCCGGGGUCCGGCAGCGGCGGCAGCACGGGGGCCCGGGACAGCGGCUCCUUCCAGGGCGCGCUGCUGGCUCGCGAACAGUACCCGACCCCGCUCGGGAGACCCAUGAGCGCAUCGUACCCCACAACCUACCCGGCGUACGUGAGUCCCGACGUAGCCCCUUCGUGGACCUCCGGACCCUUCGAUGGCAGUAGCAUCCUGCACGGUCUCCAGGGCCGCCCUAGUGGCCUCCCUGGCCGACGGGCCACCUUCGUACCUGACUUCUUGGAGGAGUUCCCUGGUGAGGGCCGGGAAUGUGUCAACUGUGGAGCCCUGUCUACACCACUGUGGCGCCGUGAUGGCACUGGGCACUACCUAUGCAACGCCUGUGGCCUCUAUCACAAGAUGAACGGGGUCAACCGACCACUGGUGAGGCCUCAGAAGCGUCUGUCCUCAUCCCGUCGAUCCGGCCUCUGCUGCUCCAACUGCCACACUGCCACCACCACCCUCUGGAGGCGCAAUGCUGAGGGAGAGCCUGUGUGCAAUGCCUGCGGCCUCUACAUGAAGCUCCACGGGGUGCCACGGCCGCUAGCCAUGAAAAAGGAGAGCAUCCAGACCAGAAAACGGAAGCCGAAGAACCCCGCCAAGAUCAAGGGCUCCUCAGGAUCCACAGCAAACACCGCAGCCUGUUCUCCUGCUCUCCCUAACACUGAAGGCUCAGCCACCACUUUGAAAGCCGAGCCCAGUCUGGCGUCUCCGGUGUUUCCUGGGCCCACUAUCUCCUCCCAGGCCUCCUCCAGCCCAGCGAAUGAAUCCCUGGCCCCCAAUCAUUUGGAGUUCAAGUUUGAACCUGAAGACUUUGCCUUCGCCUCCUCGCCCCUGAGCCCCCAGGCUGGCCUCAGUGGGGUCCUGCGUCAGGAGGCCUGGUGUGCCCUGGCCUUGGCCUAGGUGCUCAGGAAACGGUGGUUCCCAGGAACAGAACCUGCCAAUCUGACUCCUAGAACAGGAGCAGAGACAAAGGGGUUCCAGGAACAGAGGUUAGCCUCUGAAGCCAACAGCCCCAGGGGCCCCUCACCACUGUGGAGGGGGGCAGCUUUUGCGCUGACAGCCUAGAAGAAGGCCGGUGGGUGAAGAAGACUUGGAGGAUCAUCUGGGAUAGCAACGGACUCCCCAGACAUCUCAUGGGCCCCUCUGUAGCCGAGACGACUGGAGAUACCCACCGAUGACUCAAACGCCAUCAACGGUCAACUUUUACAGUUUGUAGCAGCUGGCAAAGGUUCACAGCAUCCCACAGUAAAAUCUGAUCCAAGCGAAACAAACAAGAGUCCCGGCCGGCAAUAAGGAGGAGGGGGACCCGACACGAGGCCUCUGGGGGAAUCUCACGGUCUUAACGUCCCAUAUUUGACUCUGCAGGGCUGAGUGCUUUUCUUGCCUACAAACGCAGGACUGUCAGAGACCGGUGAGCAGGCUGAGCACUGUAGCAAGACACCACUCCAAGGCAAUUCAUCCCUCUGGCCGUCA